GAAGUGCUGCACCUGUUGAUGCGCUGACUUCUCCUCUUCAGUUUUAACUUCGCUCACCUGACUCUAAAAAACACCUGGGAAGCUUCUGGACCCUCGGCAGGUGUCUGUCCCAGUGUCCGGCGGGUAAAACGAGGGUUGAUGGAUAAAUUAAAGAAGGUGCUGAGCGGUCAGGACGAUGGAAACAACGCGGAUGGGACCGGCAUACUGGAGAGAGCCAAUCAGGCGUCGACCCUGGCCUGGGGGACGAGGAUGAAAGGCUUCGUGGUCUGCUUCAUCCUGGGUGUGUUGUGCUCCAUCCUGGGCACCUGUAUGCUGUGGAUCCCAGGUUUUGGUCUCGCUGUGUUCGCUGUCCUCUACAGCGUGGGAAACAUCUGCGCUCUGGCGAGCACCAUGUUCCUGGUCGGUCCGUGUCGGCAGCUGAGGACCAUGUGCGCUAAAGAGAGGGCGCUCGCCACCGCCAUCAUGUUGGUCUGCCUGGUGUUGACACUGUGUGCUGCUUUCUGGUGGAAGAAUAACGGUCUCGCUCUGCUGUUCUGUGUCCUUCAGUUUCUGGCUUUCACCUGGUACGGCCUUUCAUACAUCCCCUUUGCCAGGGACGCCGUCAUCAAACUAUUCUCAAUCUGUGUCUAGACUCCACCCCGCCUCACCCCCCACCUGUCUGACCAAUCAGGACGCAGGAUGCUAUGUGCUUUGUAUCCAAUCAGCAAUGAGCAUGGGCCUUAAAAUACUUCAACCUCAGAGUCACUGAACGUCUUAAAGAGACCUGGUUUCCAUGGAGACCAGUUCUCACUACCUGUACAACUUCCUGUUUUCUGUCAUUUCCACCUGGACUCUUACCUGGACUCGGUUUCUGUGUUCACACCAGAACACGAUCUGGAUUCUGCAGCCAGAUCGGAUUCAGUUUCUGUUUCAUCAGCGACAUGUUCGACUCAUUUCACAUCGUUUAGUUUUUAUUCGUUAACAAAGUAUAUGAAACAUUUCGUUCUCGUUACGUUACCUUCUGUUCAGUUUGUUUAGUCUCAGUCUUCGUCUGAUCUGAACCUUCAGGAACCAGGAACUCCUGAUUCUUCACCUAAUAUUUAUAUUUUUUAUACUUUAACUCAGCAAUUAUUUAAUGUGGUAGAGAUGUGCUUUUAUUCUGAAGUGCGUGAUGAUGUCAGAGUGCACCUCAGUACGCUGUGACAUCACAGCUGGGCGGGGUUACAGGAGCAGCAGUGCACACUAAAACCUAAUGUAGAGCUGCAGCAAUUAGAAAAUGAAUCAGGGGCUGUUUUGACAAAGGAUGAAUCGUUUUUAUCAGUUUUGAAGCUGAAAUGUGAAACAGUUACUGUUGUAACUUCUUAGAUCUUUGACUUUUUAUAGAUAAAACAAUUAAUGGACAAGUUGAGUAGAUAAUGAUCAGACUGAUUGAUCACUGUCGUUAGUUGCUGCUGUAUCACACAAUCAGUGAAAGUGAUGAUCAUCACAGUUAAUUAUUAUGUAUGUACUGUUUCUGUUUCUGUACUAUUCAGAUUGUUAUAAGUCCCUGUCUGUGUGUCUGUUUCUGUUUUUAUGAAUCCCAGUUCAUGUGUGAGAUUCUGUCUCUGUGUGUUUGUUGUGUGUUUAAACAUCAGAUCCAGGUCUGACAGUUUAAAGUGUGCAGCUCUUUCCAGCCACAGAGGGCAGUGAACCGGCCUCUCAGCCUGGUGUUAGCUCCACCAGCUCCUCCUCCAUUACUCCCAGUUUACCUUCUGGUUUUAAUGGUCCAAGUGAUUUCAGCAGAAACAUUCACACAGACAAACAUUUCAUCUCAGUGUUUCCUGUCUGUCGUGUGUCUGUGUCUUCAC